GGGUGGCUGCAGCUGGCGGUGCCCCAGCUGGGAGCAGCACUGGUUUCACAUCCUGCUGAGAUGUGUUUCUUCUCUGGAACUGCUCACACGUGACCCUGCUGAUGCUGACUUGCCUCCCUAACGGAUGAGGACCUGCACAGCCCAGACCCCUGAGAAGGCCGAUGCUAACUGCUGAACAGCUCUUCUUCAACCAGACCAUUCAGAAAGAAAAACCAGUGGGGUUGGUGGCCAUGGGGAUUGUGGAUGUACCAGGCAUACAAAAAGAACAGUACGUGAGCCCAGCUUUUGCAAUCUGACAGAGGCGGGUGGAAGCAAGUUGAGAGAAAAGACAUUCCCCUGGAAAGCAGCUGGAGGACAGUUUUUGACCCCUGCCUGCACCAGGUAAAGGACAGAGGACCACGCUGCUUACUUUACCUUUAACAAAUCCCCCCCAGGAGAUCCGUUCGUGGUUGAACUGAUUUUCCAGAGGCAGCAUGGACAUCAAAGAGUAUUUUGCCAGAAUUUCUUACCGGGGCUCCUAUGACAAACCAGACCUGGAGACUUUGACAGAAAUAUUCCAGCACCACAUCCGAGCAGUCCCUUUUGAGAACCUCAGCAUCCACUGCGGGGAAAGCAUCGAGCUGGACCUGGCAGCCACUUAUGACAAGAUAGUGAAGAAGAAACGCGGGGGCUGGUGCAUGGAGAACAACCACCUCUUAUCUUGGGUCCUGAAAACCCUAGGGUACGACGUCACCCUUCUGGGAUCAAAGGUUUAUGUCCCCGAGUAUGAUGCGUAUGCUGAUGACAUCGACCAUCUGCUGCUAAAAGUUGUGCUUUGUGACAAAUCCUACAUCGUGGAUGGUGGUUUUGGGAUGGCCUACCAGAUGUGGCAGCCAAUGGAGCUGAUUUCGGGGAAAGAUCAGCCUCAGACUCCUGGCAUCUUCCGCUUUCUGGAAGAGAAUGGGAUCUGGUAUCUUGAGAAGGUGAAAAGGAAACAGUGUGUUCCCAACCAAAGCUUCUCCACAUCUCAUAACGUGGACAAAGAAGUCUGCCGGCGAGUUUAUCUCUUCACCCUCCAGCCACGAGAUAUAGAAGAGUUCAGAGCCCGCAACCUGCACCUGCAGACUGCGCCAGACUCGCUCUUCGUUAUGAAGUCCAUCUGCAGCCUGCAGACUGCCGAUGGGGUCCGGGCACUGGUUGGCUGGAAACUUACUGAGAUAAAGUACAAUUACAAGGAUAACAUGGAUCUGGUGGAAAUCAGAAUCCUUGCAGACGAAGAAAUGGAGAAAACACUGAAAGAGAAAUUCAAUAUAACACUAGAUAAGAAAUUUGUACCCAUCAAUACAAGCAGGUUGUCUCUGUUUUAAGUCACUGUCUGAAUUAUAAUUCAAUCUAGUGGCAUUACAUGCAAUUCUCCCCCCUCUUUUCUGACAAGCAUCUAAAGGUUAAGCUUUCUCUUUCCAUCUAUCCCCAGUGUAAGGCAGAACAGAUUAGCAUGAAUCUGGAAAAUAAAUUGAUUUUCACAACUGUUCCUGCAUCUCUCCUUGGUUUGGGUACAAAUAAUUUCUUCCUCACUCAAUCAAAUCGCUCCCCUUCUGUUUGUGCUUAGCUGGCAGCAGACGCUGCCCAUUCCCUGCUCCUUUCAUCUCUUAAAAGCUUUUCCCACGAUACCAGAGCAGCAGGGCAGGGCGAUGGAGCACUAUGUCCCUUUCCUUAUUACUUUGCUCUGCCACCUGGGGAAAAUCAUACCCACAUCUUAAACGAAUACUAUGCUAUUUUUUGAAAUGUAAUAGCCAGAAAAAUAAAGACAUCCAGUGCCAUUUGCUACAGUAAGCCA